UUCCUUCCCCACAAAGGGCAGAGCCGUUUCUGCCGCAGAAAUCCCAAUUUUUAGACAACACCCAAAGAAGGAUUUCUGGCGUGGAGAUUGUAGUUGCCGAGAAGGAUGGUCGGUUUGAAGCCCACCGACAUCCCGCCGUCGGCGCCCAUCAAAUUCCUCAGCGCUGGCACAGCCGCCUGCGUUGCUGAUCUCUGCACGUUCCCCUUGGACACCGCAAAAGUCCGGCUCCAGAUCCAGGGGGAAUCGAGGACGUGCAAGGCGAGCAGACAAGUGAAAUACAAGGGGGUGCUGGGCACCAUCACCACCAUGGUGAAGAUGGAAGGGCCCAAGAGCCUCUACAAUGGGCUGGUGGCUGGCCUUCAGCGCCAGAUGAGUUUCGCCUCGGUCCGGAUCGGACUCUACGACUCUGUGAAGCAGCUCUACACGCCCAAGGGCUCCGAGCAUACCAGCAUUUUCAUCCGCCUCCUUGCCGGCUGUACCACUGGCGCCAUGGCGGUGACCUGCGCCCAACCGACGGACGUGGUGAAAGUCCGCUUCCAAGCCCACAUCCAGCUGGUGGGGGCUCCCAAGAAGUACAAUGGGACAGUGGACGCCUAUCGGACAAUCGCCCGGGAGGAAGGGGUCCGAGGCCUCUGGAAAGGGAUCUUCCCCAACAUCACUCGCAACGCCAUUGUGAACUGUGGGGAGAUGGUGACCUAUGACCUCAUUAAGGAGACCCUGCUGAAACAUCACCUGAUGACAGAUAAUUUCCCGUGCCACUUUGUGGCGGCGUUCGGCGCCGGUUUCUGCGCGACGGUGGUGGCGUCGCCGGUGGACGUGGUCAAAACGCGGUACAUGAACUCCGGCGCCGGACAGUACAAGAACGCUUUGAACUGCAUGCUGACCAUGGUCGUGAAGGAAGGACCCCAUGCUUUCUACAAAGGCUUCAUGCCUUCUUUCUUACGGCUGGGAUCCUGGAACAUAGUGAUGUUUGUGUCCUACGAGCAACUGAAACGGUUGAUGGUUUUGGCUCAGGUCUCUUGGGAGGCCCCCUUCUGAUCCGAUCCGAUCUGGGCCAGGGUCUCCUCCAGCCGAUGAGAGAACCACAAAAGGGGGGGGGACUUUUAAACUCUGCAAACAGUUCUUGCCGGGGAUGGCAAGCCUGCCUAUCAAUUAUAUUAAUUGCCGCCAACGCUGUGCCCAUUGAGGCACGAGACUUAAACACGCUGCAAGAAGACUUUUUAGCACGUUAACGAGGCGCAACUAGACAUGGAUCACACAUCCUUGCUCAGCAAAAGCCGGCCAGAUGUGGAUCGGAUAGCACGGGGUCUCCGUGAAAGGAUCCCGAGAGUGAAGGAACUGGUGGAAAAAGAGAGCCCGUUUUUCUGAAAUCCUGCUAGGACACUCUGCUAUCAAAAUAAAUUAUAACAAAUUACAAGUGCUUCUUCCCACAACAGACUUUCAGGGAAUUGAAAUCAAAGCCCUUUUGCCUUGACUCCAGUACUGUACAUUUUCCCUUU